GACGGGCGGGAGUAAGGGGCUGAGUGGGAACACGAACAGGCUGGGUGAAAACUUUUGGCUCCUUCGGAAACGGCCACCAGGACAACUUGACUAUGUACAUGGAUUUAGUGGAUGGCAUCUUUUUGAACCAAAUUAUGCUGCAAAUAGAUCCCAGGCCAACCAACCAGCGCAUCAAUAAGCACGUCAACAAUGAUGUGAACCUUCGCAUUCAGAACCUGACGGUCCUGGUGCGGAACAUUAAGACCUACUAUCAGGAAGUUCUCCAGCAGCUGAUCGUAAUGAAUUUGCCCAAUGUUUUGAUGAUUGGCAAAGACCCACUGUCUGGGAAGAGCAUGGAGGAGAUUAAGAAGGUGCUGCUGCUGGUGCUGGGUUGUGCUGUCCAGUGUGAGAGGAAAGAGGAGUUCAUUGAAAGAAUCAAACAGCUGGACAUUGAGACCCAGGCUGGCAUCGUGGCUCACAUCCAGGAGGUGACCCACAACCAGGAGAACGUGUUCGACCUGCAGUGGCUGGAGCUGCCGGAUGUGGCCCCGGAGGAGCUGGAGGCCCUGUCCAGGAGCAUGGUGUUCCACCUGCGCAGACUCAUCGACGAGCGGGACGAGUGCACUGAGCUGAUUGUAGACCUGACACAGGAGCGGGACUACCUGCAGGCACAGCACCCACCCAGCCCUAUCAAGUCGUCCAGUGCAGACUCCACACCCAGCCCCACUAGCAGCCUCUCCAGUGAGGACAAGCAGCACCUGGCAGUGGAGCUGGCUGACACCAAGGCCAGGCUUCGGCGUGUCAGGCAGGACCUAGAGGAGAAGACAGAGCAGCUCGUGGACACCAGGCAUGAGGUGGACCAGCUGUUGCUGGAGCUGCAGAAGGUCAAACAGGAGAACAUACAGCUGGCAGCCGAUGCCCGGUCUGCCCGUGCCUACCGGGACGAGCUGGACUCCCUUCGGGAGAAGGCAAACCGUGUGGAGAGGCUAGAGAUGGAGCUGGUUCGCUGCAAGGAAAAGCUGCACGAUGUGGACUUCUACAAGGCCCGAAUGGAGGAGCUGAGAGAAGACAACAUCAUCUUAAUUGAAACCAAGGCCAUGCUGGAGGAGCAGCUGACCACUGCCCGGGCGCGCGGUGACAAAGUCCACGAGCUGGAGAAGGAGAACCUGCAGCUGAAAUCCAAGCUGCACGACUUGGAAUUGGACCGAGACACAGAUAAGAAGCGAAUAGAGGAGCUGCUGGAAGAAAACAUGGUUCUGGAGAUUGCCCAGAAGCAGAGCAUGAACGAAUCAGCCCACCUGGGCUGGGAACUAGAGCAGCUAUCUAAGAACGCAGAGCUGUCAGAUGCCUCCAGGAAGUCAUUUGUGUUUGAGCUGAACGAAUGCGCUUCUAGCCGCAUCCUAAAGCUGGAGAAGGAGAACCAGAGCCUUCAGAGCACGAUCCAGGGACUUCGAGAUGCAUCCCUGGCACUGGAGGAGAGCAGCCUCAAGUGUGGGGAGCUGGAGAAGGAGAACCAUCAGCUCAGUAAGAAGAUUGAAAAGUUACAGACCCAGCUGGAGAGAGAAAAGCAGAGCAGCCAAGACCUGGAGACCCUCAGUGAGGAGCUGAUCCGGGAGAAGGAACACCUACAGAGUGACAUGGAGGCCCUGAAGGCCGACAAGGCCAGGCAGAUCAAGGAUCUGGAGCAGGAGAAGGACCACCUGCACCGAACUGUGUGGUCGCUACGGGAGAAGUCACAGGCCAGCAGCGAGGCCUGUGGGAAGGACAUUGAGAAGGAGAACAGAGCCCUCCACCAGGCAGUGACAGAGGCUGGCAGCAAACUGAGCCAGCUUGAGUUGGACAAGAAGCAACUGCACAGGGACUUGGAGCAGGCCAAGGAGAAGGGGGAGCGGGCAGAGGCACUGGAGAAGGAGCUGUGCCGGCUAGAGAAGGAGAAUGAGCAGCUGGCCAAGAAGGUGACCUCUCUGAACACAGUCACCGAGAAGGUCGAGGCCCUGGAGCACGAAAGUCGAGGCCUGGAGCUGGAGAACCGGGCACUGAAGAAGUCCCUAGACACCCUGCAGAAUGUGUCAGUGCAGCUCGAGGGCCUGGAGCGAGACAACAAGCAGCUGGAUGAGGAGAACCUGGAGCUGCGGAAGAUGGUGGAGACCAUGCGCUUCACCAGCGCCAAGAUGGCGCAGAUUGAGAGCGAGAACCAGCAGCUGGAGCGUGAGAAGGAGGAGCUGCGGAAGAACGUGGACUUGCUAAAGGCGCUGAGCAAGAAGUCAGAGCGCCUGGAGCUCAGCUACCAGAGUGUGAAUGCCGAGAACCUCCGGCUGCAGCAGAGCUUAGAGAGUAGCAGCCACAAGUCACAGGCCUUAGAGCAGGAGCUGAGGGAGCUGGAGGCUGAGCACCAGGCGCUGCGGCGAGACCUGGAGGCCCUUCGGCUCACCAACAAGCAGCUGGAGAGGGCCGAGAAGGACAGAAAGGCUCUGGAGCAGGAGGUGGCCCAGCUGGAGAAGGACAAGAAGCUGCUGGAGAAGGAGGCCAAGCGGCUGUGGCAGCAGGUGGAGCUGAAGGAUGCCGUCUUGGACGACAGCACUGCCAAGCUGUCGGCGGCUGAGAAGGAGAGCCGUGCGCUGGACAAGGAGCUGGCCCGCUGCCGGGAUGCGGCCAGCAAGCUGAAGGAGCUGGAGAAGGACAACAGGGACCUCACCAAGCAGGUCACCAUGCACACGAGGACGCUGACCACCCUGAGAGAGGACCUGGUGCUGGAAAAGUUGAAGAGCCAGCAGCUGACCAGUGAGCUGGACAAACUGGGUCAAGAGCUGGAGAAGGUCGGGCUCAGCAAGGAGAUGCUGCUGCAGGACGAGAAUAGCCAUGGUGACACAAAAUACAAGAUUUUGGAGGGCAAAAAUGAGUCAACAUUGAGAACAGCACUGGCCAUGAAAGAAGAAAAGAUUGCAUUCUUGGAAGCCCAGAUGGAAGAGAAAGUGGGCCUGAACCAGCAGUUACAGAACGAGCUCCAGAUGGUGAAGGAAGAGCAGGACCGGCUCAGGCAGACCCAGGAAGAGGCAACGCAUGUGCAGAACUCACUCAAGCGCCCUCUGGGCACAUCAGUCACCAGUCACCAGGAGAAGGAAGCCUGGGGACCUGGCCACAAGGAGGCCACCAUGGAGCUGCUCCGUGUGAAGGACCGGGCCAUUGAGCUGGAGCGGAAUAACGCAGCUCUGCAGGCUGAGAAGCAGCUGCUGAAGGAGCAGCUGCAGCACCUGGAGACGCAGAACAUGGCCUUCAGCAGUCAGAUCCUGACGCUGCAGAAGCAGAGUGCCUUCCUGCAGGAGCACACCACCACGCUGCAGACCCAGACUGCCAAGUUGCAGGUGGAGAAUUCCACACUGACCUCCCAGAGCGCUGCACUGGCCGCACAGUACGCACUGCUGCAGAGCCAGCACACAGCCAAGGAGACGGAGCAUGAGGGCCUGCAGAGGCAGCAGGAGCAGCUGGCGGCUGCCUACGAGGCCUUGUUCCAGGACCACGAGCACCUGAGCUCACUACACGAUCACCAGUCCUCUGAGUACGAAGCCCUCAUCCGCCAGCACAGCUGCCUGAAGACGCUGCACCGGAACCUGGAGCUGGAGCACAAGGAGCUCAGAGAGAGGCACAGUGACAUGCUGAAGCACAGGGAGGAGCUGGACGAGCUGGAGAAGGUCCUGACUGCCGAGCGGGAGGCGCUGCUGCAGGAGCAGAGGACACACGCUGUCACCACAGGCGAGAACCAGAGGCUGCGGGCAGAGCUGGACAGGGUCACUUUCCUGCACCAGCAGCUGAAGGGGGAAUGUGAAGAGCUGCACACCCACACCAAGGAGCUGAAAACCUCAUUGAACACCUCACAGCUGGAGCUGAACCGCUGGCAGGCGCGCUUUGAUGAGCUGAAGGAGCAGCACCAGACCAUGGACAUCUCGCUGACCAAGCUGGACAACCACUGCGAGCUGCUCUCCCGCCUCAAGGGGAACUUGGAGGAGGAGAAUCAUCACCUCCUGAGCCAGAUCCAGCUGCUGAGCCAACAGAACCAGAUGCUCCUAGAGCAGAACCUGGAGAACAAGGAGCAGUACCAUGAGGAGCAGAAGCAGUACAUAGACAAAUUAAAUGCCUUACGGAGACAAAAGGAAAAAUUGGAAGAGAAAAUCAUGGAUCAGUACAAGUUCUAUGAUCCCACCCCAAAGAAGAAGAACCACUGGAUUGGAGCCAGAGCCUUAGUGAAGUUCAUCAAACCAAAGAAAGAGGGUUCCAGAGAACGAGUAAAAUCAACUGCAGACAGUCCUUCCUGGCAGCCUGAGUCCACAGAGCUGGCCUCACCAUCAGCCACUCAGCCUCUCAGGUCACAGCCGGAGAACCCCAGCAGUGCCCCUCUGAGCUCAAACUGUGCUGAAGAGCGUGAUGCUCACAACGGGCCUGUGGGGAAAGGCCCUGGGGAUCUAAAACCAAAGCGAGGGUCCCCACACAGAGGCAGCCUGGACCGCACAGAUGCCUCCACGGACCCAGCCAUGAAGUCCUGGCCCUCAGAGCUGGGCUCCCGGACAUGCUCGGCCUCGGUGAUCACAGCAGCAGCCCCCUCCAGUUCCACCCCCAUCCCCCGGCACCCGGGUCGCCCCAAAGGCUACAGUUCAGACGACAACCUCUGUGAGGCAUCCCUGGAGCUCGAGGGCGCCCCCAACAGGCAGCACGUGUCUCGGCCAAGCAGCUUGGAGAGCAGCAGAAACACAUCUAGCAACAGCUCACAUCUGAGCCUCAAGGGUUCCUCUGACCAGCUCCAUGGACACUCCGAGAGCUUCAGCAGUGAAGACCUGAUCCCUAGUAGGGACCCCAGCACCCUGGGACGUGGUGCCCUUAGCCGCCAUGAGUAUCCCCUACCCCGGAAUGGGCCUCUCUCCCAGGAGGCUCCCCAGAAGAGGGGUGCAGCCACAGCCCACCCUGGAGUGCGGCCCUGCUCAGCCUCCCCCAGCAAUGAGAUGGUCACCUUGGAGGAGUUCCUGGAGGAGAGUAACCGCAGCUCCCCAACCCAUGACACUCCCAGCUGUCGGGAUGACCUGCUAAGUGACUACUUCCGAAAGGCCAAUGACUCCCCGGCCAUCGGAGGCCCACCAGGACCUCCUGCCAGGAAAGAAGGAGCCAAGAUGCCUACCAGUUUUGUGGCCCCCACCAUCAAGAUGGCCAUUAGCACCUCUGAGGGGAGGCAACUGAAGCCUGGGCAUUACGUGAAGCCGAACUUCAGACCAGCUGAAGCAGAGGUCCCAGCGGGUGCCCUCCCAAGACAGGCCCAGCCUCCCCAGAGCCUGUCUCUGGGCAGACCCCGGCAAGCCACAAUGGCCCCUGCCAGCCGGAGUGCAUCCCUGAGCCGUGCCUACAGCCUGGCCUCCGCCGACCUUCUCCGGGCCAGCGGGCCAGAAGCCUGCAGACAAGAGUCCCCUCAGAAACUGGGGGGUCCUGAGGCCUUGGGAGGCAGAGAGACAGGCAGCCACAGCCUGCAGAGCCCUGUACCUCCCAGCUCUCAUAGCCUGGUACGGGAGCGGACCCCACUGGCGGGUAAGGCUGAUGCCUCCUGCCAAGGCUCCGGCUCCGGCUCCGGCUCCCGAAACCGGCCGCCAGACACCAGGCGCUUCUCACUGGCUCCCCCGAAGGAGGAGAGGCUGGCACCCCUGCAGCAGUCCGCCACGGUCCCAGCUAUUGCUACCACCACAAGCAGUGGUGGCAGCAGCUCCCAACUCCAACACUUCUCGCCUGCUGCAGCCCCUGCCACCAGGACCAAGCCCAAAAUGCCCCCACACUCAGGGGAAGUAGCCACCAUUGUCCCGGUCCGGGUGGGACUCAGCCUCUCAGAGGGAGACAAAAUCCUGGGGCAGGGCCAUGCUGAGGGGCUCCUGGCCAAGAGCCCUGGUAGGUCUCCUGACUCAGCUCCCCAUGCCAGCAGGAGCCCUGAGGACUUCAGCCGUGGGGGCAGCUCAAAGAGCACCCCAGCAUCCCCGGAGCCAGGUGGGGACCAGCAGACGGUGUGGUACGAGUACGGCUGCGUGUGACUGUCUCGUGGAUCAGCAGCUCCCGAACCUUAAACUACUGAUGCGCCUUCUGAUCCCGUGGCCUUUCCUCCUAUUUAUCCAUGGUGCCGGGAAAGGGUUUAAAAUGGAGAAAGGGUUCCCACAUAACUGUCCUGUUGGUCUUGUAGAUGAAAACACUGUGCCAAGUCCUAAGAGGAACACUCUCCCCAGUGUGUGUGGCGUCUUCUGUGUCUACAGCGUCUCGUAGCUGGUGUCUUUCGAACAAAUCCGCUUAGCAUGGGGACCACUUAGAAUGCAAUGAUAAAACCCACUGACCCCAAAGCAGACACUAUUUGAGUGGACCCUGGUAGAACACUCAUUUGCAACCUGUUGACCUCCUUUAAGAUGUGCAUGUGCACACGCACACACCAAGCUCACAAGGUGGGCUCAGCUGGUAGCUCUGGAAAUCCCAUUCCCUCCCAAAAGCCAUUAGAUCCUAGGGGAAACCCGGGCUUGCCAAACUACCAAGAUCUGGAGGGCAGUGAGUGAGCAGAGCUCAUCAUGAGCUGACUUAAAAACCAGGAAUGUUACAUCCUGUCUGGGUCCAAACUCCCCUUCACCCCAGGCCAAGGUAGCCUUCAGGGCCGGUUAUAGGUGGCUUUGGGCACUCACCUCCCUCCCCCAGCUGGCUCCUGGGCUCUGCUUGGUGACCUCCAGGGACUGGACUCCCUAGCUUUCUCUGGCUCACUUUUCUACAAACACUGGAUCAGCUGGGGCACAGGGCAGAGGGAGGCCCCAAACCUGGCCCUACAAGUGUGCACAUGGGAAGCCUGUCUACAAGCAAGGUGCACACUUGGUUUGUGAUGUGGCUAUAGUGCCCAGUUUCCCCCAUCUCAGAUGGGGUGUUAUUUCUGAAUAAUGCAAGUAGAAACCAAAUUUCUUUUUAAUAUAUUAAGUAUGUACACACUUGUAAAAUAUAUAUUCGUGGGGGGGUCUAUUUAUGCUCCAUUUGGAGUUCUCAGGAAUCUUACCUGCUGCUCUGUGUAUUUGGUCAGAUUCCUGACACAUUUAGUUUCCUAUCGUAAAGGUGCUUUUCCUGGGUCAGACUAAAACUAUUGACUUUUUCUUUUUUGGGGGGUACUGGGGAUUGAACUCGGGUCCUUGUGCUUACAAGGCAGGCCAUGG